AUGCCCGAGAGCAUCAUCAACGAGCCAGACCUGGCAUUGGACCGAUACGACAAUGGCAUCUUCGUCCUCACCAUGAGAAAAGCCCCCGAGAAUCGAAUCAAUUCCGCCUAUGCCCAAGAGCUAAUCGCAGCCUACAACACCGUGCGCCGAAGCGUAGGAGAAGACGCCGAAGGCGCAGUCAUCACGAAGGGCAACGAUGCCAAGUUCUGGUGUACAGUAAAUCUCGCCACCAGCCUUUUCUAGAAACCAAUUAAAAAAAAACCAACCGGAAAAGAACAAGAUCAUUCGUUGACACUUGCGGUUUGCUUUUCUUCGCAUCUAGGGUCUAGAACUUGACGAGGCAGACACGAACCCAUACGCCAAUUCCGAGGGCUUCUACCCCCUCCUCGCCACCCUGAUGGAUUUCCCCCUGCCCACCAUCGCCCUCGUCACGGGCCAUACCUUCGGCGGCGCAGGCCCCUUCGCCCUCUCCCACGACUAUCGCAUCAUGAACAGCAAGCGUGGCUUCAUCUCCAUGCCGCCCGUCAACCUCGGACUUCACUUCCCGGGUAUAGGUGCCCUGCCUCGACUGAAGCUGCAGCCUCAGAUUGCCCGGAAGAUGCUCCUAGAGGCCCAUCGCUGGACGGGAGAGGAAGCCCUGCGGGAUGGGAUUGUGGAUGAGAUUGCCGAGCCGGAGAAGUUGCUCGAUGCCGCGAUGGAGUUGGCGAAGAAAGUCGCGCCGAAGGCGAAGAUGGGGGUCUUUUCCCUCCUGAGGAAUGAACUCUAUGGAGAAGCGGGUAGGGCUUUCCGGGAGAUCAGUUACAUUCACGGGAAACGCGUGGGUGCGCCGGCGAAGGCGAAGAUCUGA